CUUUUCCCUUCUCUCUUCAGGAAAGGAACCCAAACUCCCUCCAUCUGAGUUCAUCCCAUUCCUUCCCUCCAUUCUCAACUAAUAUAUACAACCAAUAAAACCUCACAUUUCCUUUCAACAUGGACAUGAUCAGUCAAAAUGCUCAACAAAGCAGCUCUUUGGAGAGUUUUUGCACGACUACUACUGCUGCUAAGGGUGGUGUCGUCGACCCUUUGAACUGGGGUGUCGCAGCUGAGUCUCUCCAGGGAAGCCAUUUGGAUGAAGUGAAACGUAUGGUAGCCGAGUACAGGAGGCCAUUGGUGAAGCUUGGCGGUGAGACCUUGACCAUUUCUCAAGUUGCAGCUAUUGCUACACGUGACUUGGGUGUCAAGGUUGAGCUUUCAGAGGAUGCAAGGGCUGGCGUUAAGGCUAGUGCUGAUUGGGUUCUUGAUGGCAUGAACAAAGGCACUGACAGCUAUGGUGUAACUACUGGUUUUGGUGCUACUUCUCAUCGAAGAACCAAGCAAGGAGCUGCCCUUCAAAAAGAGCUAAUUAGGUUCUUGAAUGCUGGGAUCUUUGGUAAUGGAAUUGAGUCAUGCCACACACUUCCUCACUCAGCAACUCGAGCAGCCAUGCUUGUUAGGAUCAACACCCUGCUCCAGGGAUACUCUGGGAUCAGGUUUGAAAUUUUGGAGGCAAUCACCAAGCUUCUCAACCACAACGUCACCCCUUGUUUGCCACUUCGUGGCACAAUUACUGCUUCUGGUGAUCUUGUUCCUCUUUCCUACAUUGCUGGAUUGCUCACUGGCAGGCCUAAUUCCAAAGCCGUCGGACCCAACGAGGAACCUCUUGAUGCCCAGGAAGCCUUUCAUGUUGCGGGUAUCAAUUCCGGGUUCUUUGUGUUGCAGCCUAAAGAAGGCCUUGCAUUAGUCAAUGGUACUGCAGUUGGUUCGGGCUUGGCUUCCAUGGUUCUCUUUGAAGCAAACAUUUUGGCUGUUCUAUCAGAAAUAUUAUCUGCAAUUUUCGCUGAAGUUAUGAAUGGUAAGCCUGAGUUUACUGACCAUUUGACACAUAAACUGAAGCAUCAUCCAGGACAAAUUGAGGCCGCUGCUAUAAUGGAGCAUAUACUUGAGGGGAGCUCUUAUGUUAAAGCGGCUAAGAAGUUGCAUGAAAUGGACCCUCUGCAGAAACCAAAACAAGAUCGCUAUGCUCUGAGGACAUCUCCACAGUGGCUUGGUCCACAGAUCGAAGUGAUCAGGUUCGCAACCAAAUCAAUCGAAAGAGAGAUUAACUCUGUCAAUGACAACCCUUUGAUCGAUGUUUCAAGGAACAAGGCAUUACAUGGUGGCAACUUCCAGGGUACCCCAAUUGGUGUCUCAAUGGACAAUGCUCGUUUGGCUAUUGCAGCCAUCGGAAAACUGAUGUUCGCUCAAUUCUCUGAACUUGUUAAUGAUUUCUACAACAAUGGUCUCCCAUCAAACCUCUCUGGUGGUAGAAAUCCAAGUUUGGAUUACGGUUUCAAGGGUGCUGAAAUUGCAAUGGCUUCCUAUUGUUCUGAGCUCCAGUACUUGGCUAAUCCAGUCACCAACCAUGUUCAAAGUGCUGAGCAACACAACCAAGAUGUGAAUUCUUUGGGACUUAUCUCUUCCAGAAAAACUGCAGAAGCUGUUGAUAUCUUGAAGCUGAUGUCCUCUACAUUCUUGGUGGCUCUUUGUCAAGCUAUUGAUUUGAGGCAUGUAGAAGGGAAUUUGAGGAACACGGUGAAGAACACCGUGAGCCAGAUAGCUAAGAAGACGCUCACUACAGGUGCCAAUGGUGAACUUCACCCUUCAAGAUUCUGCGAAAAGGAUUUACUCAAAGCCGUGGAUCGCGAAUACGUUUUUGUCUAUAUAGAUGACCCUUGCAGUGCUACCUAUCCAUUAAUGCAAAAGCUGAGGCAAGUUCUGGUUGAACAUGCAUUGACAAACGGGGAGAGUGAGAAGAAUACAAGCACAUCAAUCUUCCAAAAGAUUGCAGAUUUUGAAGAAGAAUUACACGCUGUUUUGCCAAAGGAGGUUGAGAGUGCAAGAGUGACACUUGAGAAUGGAAAUGCAGCAAUUCCUAACAUGAUCAAGGAUUGCAGGUCGUAUCCAUUGUACAAGUUCGUAAGGGAGGAGCUUGGAACUGGACUGCUAACUGGAGAAAAAGUUAAGUCACCUGGUGAGGAGUUUGACAAGGUGUUUACAGCUAUGUGCCAAGGGAAGAUCAUUGAUCCAAUGCUAGAAUGUCUUAAGGAAUGGAACGGUGCCCCUCUUCCAAUCUGCUAGUUUUGCUUUCCUUUCAAUCUUUGGAAUUUUGCUAUCCUCUUUUUCUCUGUUUUCCACCGUCCGUUGCUUAUAUUUCCUUGCAAAACAAGGAAAUCAUAUGAAUGUGUAUGAAAUAUAUGUUUUUUUCUCAUUUAUUUGUAAUACAAGUGUGUACAAAAUAUAUCGUUGUUACUAUCUAA